UUAUCACGCAUCUCAUCUCUUGGAAUCCAUUCGUCCGAAAAAAUCCUCUCCGAACCCAAUAUCUUCAAGAGACCCAGAAUCGAACGUGGGCUCAUCAGCUAUAGCACUCUCCCUCAUGUGCUCUCGAUUGCUCGUGUGCUGUCGGCGGUCAGAUCGAAAUUCGUAUGGCGCUGAGCGAAUUAGGCAACUAUGUUCCGGAGCAGUGGAGCUUCUCACAUUCUCCAUAAGUGGGACUUGAUCCAUAAGUUAUGGCAAUUGAUUACCUGAACUGAAUUAGAAGAGGUGCACACAAAAAUGGCCGCUACUUCCAGUGGUUCCAAUAUAUAUUUGCCCAAGUUUGAGUACAAAAUUGAUGGUGUUGGUUGGUCGGAUGAGCUUGAUUAUCUUCCAUUGAUACAACGGCGUGAUUUGUUACUGGCCAGUAAGCAAAAUUCAAAAUCCCUCAUUGGUGCUGCUCUUAAAGAAGACGAUGAGCUCUCUGAGUCACAAGAUGUUUCCUCUGUUCUUUUUGCUGCCCGAGAAGUGGGAGUUCAAUUAUUGGAAGAAGAAAAAAAUCAGUAUUCUAUAAUUCCUAGGGGAACUACGCCUGGAUUAUUGUGCAGUAAAACUGUGGUAGAUUCCUCACUUGAUCAAUGUUUACAAAAUGCUGUUUGCAGCCGAAAUGCGGAAAUGCCUGGUGAUAGUGACUACAAUGGGACAGAAGUAAAUACUUUAACUUCCUCAAAGAAGAUUGCCUGUACUGAAUCUGAUACAAAUGUUGGUCAACCAGAGAAAAUUGAUGUCAAUAUUUUAACACUAGCUGAAAAUCCAUCACUAUCAGAAGUUCAUGCUGAAGAAAAGGCUGCUUCCUCUGGCAGCUUGUUGAGUUCUUUUGGAGAUGGUAUGGAUUGUUUUGCCGGUUCUCCUGUGUCAUCAGUUAAGGUGAAAAGGGAGAUGUCUGAUCACUGUACUUAUGAUCCUCUGGACCACAUUUCCUUGAAAGAGCGACAGAAGAUGCUGCAAUCAAGGAAACUCUUGGGGAUGGAAAAAGCAGUUUUCAAGGGUAUUCCAGCGCCACUGUCAAAAUACCUUAUCCAACAACUUGCCGAUAAGGGACAGGGAGACACAAGUAGUGUCAGUGGAGAAGCUUUAGUUGCUACCCAUUCGCUCUAUGACAAUCCUGCAAGAAAUGAUUCAGUUCUUUGUAGAAAUUCUAUGAUUAGAUCGCCAAAUAAAAUCGUAGUUGGAUCAUCAUUUACGACUGAUCGAUAUUCAAUUAACUCCAAUAAGUCAAAUGAUGGCGGAAAAGAAUCUGAAAGUGACAGGAAAUGCUCAUCUGAGAGAAUGCCUCCUAAUGCCAAUGAAUUCAGUUCAUGUGGGGGACAGGACUAUGUGCCUACAUGCACAACUAGAGCACAUUGUUCAACUUUGUCAACAUCUGUCAAAGUAAAGGAUGAGCCUUGCGAUGGCGGUGUCUUGCACAAUCUGGACACAAAUGUUAGGGGUAACUUCUCCCUUAACCUACUGCCAGUAAAGAAUGAACCUAGAGCUUUCAGUGAACUUAAUGAAGAUGUGGUAGAUCAUAUGCCACUGCGAGAUCGGAUGAAUCUGUUGUCAUCUGGAUAUGGUUCUGAAUCGAGUAUGUAUACGAACUAUGGCUCAACCAAGUGUAGCACUAUUGCCUCAGAAUCUGCUAAGCCAAUAAGCCUCAUUCGUCCACGAAAAAGGAAGAAGACUGCCACGGAUUCUGUUGAAACAGCGUUGGAGGAGGAUGCGCCGGGACUCCUGCAGGUAUUAAUUGAAAAAGGGGUGCUGGUUAAUGAAAUAAGGCUUUACGGCGAGAUGGAGUGUGAUGAAGCUCUAGACGAGUCUUUAUGUGAAGACAGCUUUGCAAAGCUUGAAGCUGUGAUAUCAAAGCUUUUAUCACAACGGCAAUCGAUUUUAAAGCUUGCUCCAAUUCGAUGCACAAAGGGCUCAAGAGCUAGUUAUUGCUUGGCUUGUUUAAUUUCACUUGUGGAGCAGACCCGAUAUCUGCAGUUUAGAAAUUGGCCUGUUGAAUGGGGUUGGUGCCGAGACCUUCAAUCAUUUAUAUUUGUCUUUGCGAGACAUAAUAGAAUUGUGCUGGAACGACCUGAAUAUGGAUAUGCAACAUAUUUCUUUGAGCUAGUGGAUUCCUUACCAAUUGACUGGCAGAUCAAGAGGCUGGUGACUGCAAUGAAGCUUACCAGCUGCAGCAGGAUUUCCCUAAUUGAGAACAAGGCAUUAUUGGUUGGAGAAGACUUGAGUGAAGGCGAGGCUCAGGUGCUAACAGAAUAUGGUUGGGAACCCAAUACUGGCUUGGGAACAAUGCUCAAGUACUGUGACAGAGUUGUUCAUGACAGGAAGAAUGAAACUGAUAGCUCGGAGUGGAGAUCAAAAAUAGGAAAGUUGUUAAUGGAUGGUUAUAAUGGAGGGGCUCUGAUUGCAAGCAACAUCCCAAAGAAGGUUCUCGAAUGCAGAGAUGUUCAAAGCCCAGAAAUCAAGUUGGAGCUCUAAAACUACAAAUGAUCUUUCUUAUACUUAUUUUAGGCACAGUUUUGUUUUUUUUUCUCUCAAGGUGCUUACAUAAUUUGAUCCAAAAAAAUAAAGGUCCUUACAUAAUUGUUAAAGUUGAGUUUAUUCUCUCUCUGCCGUUCGGAUUAUAAUAUAUACAGAUGGUUAAUCGAAAAGAAAGAACAAAAAUAUUGUUGAUUUAAUUUCAUGUUACUUUUUCAUA